GAGCGAAUGGGAGGAGCUUCGUGCCAUAAAGAAACUGCAGAUAAGAGAGGGAAUAGUUAAUGAGUCGCUUUCACUUUCCUUUCCUGCUGAAACGUGUUAAUUAUAAAUGCUGGAGCAGCUCAGUCUGAGCCACUAUUUUCAUGAUAUUGGGCUGGAGCACAGUCGGGCUCUUGUCUCGGCUAAUAACCAAAAGGGAAGCUGUGAGGCGGCAGAUAGAGAUAAUAUCCAGUGCUUGCAGCUAUUGCAUAUCCAGUUCUUAUAGCCAGAUCAUGGGCACUUCUCACAACCCCUGCAGUACAGAUUGGGAGCACAGGAUCUUUGCAGUGGAUGCCAACCCCAGCCUGGGCUACCCAGAGCCCUUCUAUUUCACAUCACUGACAAAUAAGGAUAGAGCUUCUCCUGCCACUUCUAAUGAGUGGCCAAUGUUGGCACAUGGGGGCAUUGCCCUGUCUGUGUGUAUUACUGACCCAUUCCCAGUAAGCGCUGCCAGACUGCAUAGAUCCCUGGGGCAACAGCUCGCCCAACUAUUCUCUGGCACAUGCCACGUACUAAGGCUCCUCUCCUACCUCCCACAGGACCCCUAUGCUUCCCUACUGAGGGGCUUCUUUAUCUGUGACCCCCAGAACUGCACCAGCACUCAACACAGGCUAAAGCACCUGCUCAGCGAGCACAGGCAGCACAUCAGUUCUUUCACUUACCAACAGAAACCACAAGGGGGCAUCUGGCAGAAUGUAUUGGAACUGAAUGGAGGAGAACAAGAGAUGGAGGAACAUUGGCAAGUAGUGAGAAUGGGGGAGCCGGACCCAUCCCCAUUUGCGCUCAAUAUCCUACACACUGCUGUGUACUAUUCACUGAGUAGCACCCGCGCUGUCUUACUACAGUGUUCUGCAUGUAUCCCGGAAGCCGCAAGGAUUCUAGAACUUCUGGAUAAGUGUGACACCAGCGCUAAGAAAGGACGUUUUCCUGUUAUUGUUAUUGAGGGACUUGAUGCCACAGUGCAGAGAAAGUCGGGACAUUUCAAUACAGAUGCAGAACCCGGGACAGUUGGGAGGUAUGCUGUAUUCAUGGGACAAAACAAAGAGCAGAGACCGGUCACACUAAUGGUACCUACCGUGCAUGGAGCAAAGUAUUAUUUGCCGACAGUGAGACGCGGGAAUUCGUUGCGAAUUCGCGCCUGGCGAAUUUAUUCGCCCAUUACUAGGAAAAGCACACUAACCGAAUCCCUGAAGGACUCCCUAAAGGCAACAUUACUCAGGUCACCACCUGACUGCAUUAGCAAGUGGCGGAAAACAUUUGAUGAUGAGCCGUCACUUAUAAAAAGAGCAUAUUAUGCCGCGGGCAACUACGUUGGGGCCUGUGAAAUAGCCAAGGCAUCAAUGAAUUCACCGGUCAUUGUGGACAGGUAUUGGCACAGCACGGCGGCCUAUGCUAUUGCUACAGAAAUAGUUGGAAGUGUUCACAGCCUCCCCCCCUGCCAUCAUGAAGUUUAUCAGUGGCCACGGGAUCUAUUAAGGCCUGAUCUUGUCAUUCUGCUGACUGUCAGCGACGAGGAGAGAAUGCGACGGAUGCGGGGACGUGGACUGGAAGAAACCAAGGAAGAGAAGGAGUUGGAAUCUAACACCAUGUUCCGGCUGAAGGUGGAAGAGGCGUAUAAGAGAAUAGAAAACCCCCAGUGUGUGAUCAUCGACGCCAGCCCGGCAAAGGAAAUGGUUUUAAAGGAAACGUUAAACGUAGUAAGGAAGCACUGUGUCAUCUAGCUUGGCCUUCUUCAGGAGCCUGCAGCAUUUGUAUAAAUGUACUGUAUAUAUUGUAAAGAUGACAUUACAUUAGCUUUAUCCAAAUAUCUUUUUCCACAUUUUUUUUUUUUAAAGCUUUGAGGUAUAAAUCCAACAGAUUAGUGCUCAUUGAAUCCUUUAGCACUCUUGCACUGCUGCCUGAUGGAAUUAUUAAUGGUGAUUUAAGGGAGGUCAUGCAGGAGGCACAAUUCAGCCAGAGGCAAAGUCAACAAAGUGACUGACCAUUGCCCAAUUUGGUCAUCUAUUUGCUGGGUUAAAUCAGGCUUAACUGAUGGUGUGGCUCCCCUGGUCAACAGUCAGAUCCUAUGCAGACGUGACACGAGAGGACCUCCAAACUACUGUAAUUUCUGACCUAUCAGACAAGAAGUAAUUCUGUGUCAGCACACAACUCCUCCACUUAUUUCAGGUGCACGUUCAGAGGUGGCCACCACACACCAUAGAUACUUCAAUAUAGAACACGAACAGCACCUUCUUGAUAUAAUAAAAAGGCCUUUAUUCAAACAUGGCACAGACCAAUCGUAGCAACGUUUCGAGCCGUCUCCGGCUCUUUAUCAAGCACCUAU